GGGGGUGUGAACUUUGGAGAAUAUUCUCAGUUUGCUAGUCAAACCGUUCACUACUGAUAACUUAUCGCAAUGGCUUUCAAAUUUGUUCUUUUUGCCGCCCUGGUCGCUGCCACCAGCGCCGGACUGAUUCCUCAGCAUGGACACAUUGGACACGCUUCGUCCCACCAGAGCUUCCAGCUGCACACUCCAACUCAUCACCAUGCCGCUCCGGUGCACCACGUGGCCGCUGUCCAUGCUGCUCCGGUUCACCACGUGGCUGCCAUCCACGCUGCUCCAGUCCAUCACACGAUCGUGAAGGAAGUCGAGCACCACGCUCCGGCCAACUACGAGUUCUCGUACGCCGUCCACGAUGAGCACACCGGAGACAUCAAGAGCCAGCACGAGACCCGCCACGGAGAUGAGGUCCAUGGCCAGUACAGUCUGAUCGAUUCUGAUGGUCACCAGCGUAUCGUUGAUUACCACGCCGAUCAUCACUCCGGAUUCAACGCCGUCGUCCGUCGUGAGCCAACCCAUGUGAAGAUCGCUCAGCCAGUGCACAAGGUCAUUGCCCAGCCCGUCCAUGUCCAUGCUGCCCCAGUCGCCCAUCACUCGUACUCCCAUGCUGCCCCAGCUGUCGCUUACACUUCCCAGCACCAUGCUGCCCCACUUGCUCAUCACUCGUACUCCCACGCUGCCCCAGCUGCGGCCUACACUUCCCAGCACCAUGUUGCCCCAGUGGCCCAUGCUACCAUCUCCCAUGUUGCGCCGGUUGCCUACACCAGCGGACACGGACAUGGACAUCAUGCCACCAGCCAUAUCAGCCACAACAGCCAUUACUAAAUGGAAAUAGUUACCCACUUGAUAGCCCAAUUGCGUCGAAAUAAAAGUACAAACAUGUUUAAGUAAUAUCAUACAAA